AUGCGACAGUUUGGGUUGAUCGCUGCGAUCGUCGGGCUGAGCUCUCUCGCCCUCCAGCCUGGUGUUGUGAGCGCACAGGGCGAGACAAAAAUUCAUGAGCAGGGCCGGUGUGCCAUCCGCGGACACUGUGGGAAGAAAUCAAUCUUCGGGGGCGAGCUUCCGUGCCCAGACAACGGGCUGGCGCAGCGACCGGCGGAGCCGGUCCGGAAGAAAUUGGUCGAUUUGUGUGGUAGCAAAUGGGAGGAAGGCCCGAUCUGUUGUGAAGAUAAGCAGAUCGAUGCACUCUCCAGCAACCUUAAACUCGCCGAGGGCAUUAUCGCGUCUUGCCCGGCCUGCCGAGAGAACUUCUUCAACAUCUUUUGUACCUUUACAUGCUCUCCAGAUCAAUCGCUUUUUGUCAACGUGACACAGACCGAGGAAAGCAGCUCGGGCAAGCAACUGGUGACCGAGUUGGAGAAUGUUUGGUCGGAAGAGUAUCAAAGCGGUUUCUUCGACAGCUGCAAAAAUGUCAAGAAUGGUGCUUCUGGUGGCAAGGCAAUCGAUUUCAUUGGCGGUGGUGCAAAAAAUUACUCGCAAUUCUUGAAGUUCUUGGGAGACAAGAAGCUGCUGGGCAGCCCGUUCCAAAUCAACUACCGCACUGAGCCCAGCGGCCCUGACUCUCAAGGUAUGAGUGCUCUGUCGAUCAAGCCCAAGUCCUGUAAUGACUCCGAUAAAUCAUUCCGCUGUUCCUGUGUCGACUGUCCAGAGGUGUGCCCUGAGUUGCCACCUGUGUCCACCCACCGAGAAUGCCAUGUGGGACUCUUGCCGUGUUUGUCCUUCACGGUCAUCCUCAUCUAUUCCGCAUUUUUACUAUUUGUCAUGGCUCUUGCCAGUUAUGUCACGGUCAAAGAACGCCGGUUCCGCAAACCCGAACGAGUUCGCCUUCUCCAAGAUCCAACACCGAGUGACGACGAAGACGAAGGAGAGGUCGUGCAACGAGGAGGGUACUUGGAGCAGCCACAAGGGGUGUAUAAACCAAACUCUCUGUUAUCUGCACUAUUCCAUCGCAUCGGUGGUGCAUGUGCACGUUUCCCGGCGAUCACGAUCUCCUCCAGCGUGAUUGUAGUGGUGCUGUUAAGUUUGGGCUGGCUACGAUUCACCGUUGAGACGGACCCGGUUCGUCUCUGGGUAAGCCCCUCCUCGGCAGCCGCACAAGAGAAGGCAUUUUUCGACGAGAGCUUUGGACCAUUCUUCCGGGCCGAGCAAGCAUUUCUAGUCAACGACAGCUCAAAGACGGGUCCGGGUCCAGUUUUGAAUUAUGAUACCCUCACUUGGUGGUUCGACGUGGAGUCCCGGGUACGGCGCAUGAUAUCGCUUGACCAGGGUCUUAAUCUUGAUGAUGUCUGCUUCAAGCCGACUGGUGACGCUUGCGUCGUGCAAUCCUUAACUGGCUAUUUUGGUGGAUCUGUCGCGAAUCUUGACCCUGAAACAUGGAAAGAUCGGCUAAGGCACUGCGCGGAGUCUCCCGGUGACCUCGGAUGUCUCCCGGACUUCCAGCAGCCCCUGCGGCCAGAGAUGAUUCUCGGCGGAUAUGAAAGCUCCGGGGAUGUUCUGGAUGCCCAAGCGCUCAUUGUGACAUGGGUGGUCCGCAAUUAUGCACAAGGGACCGAGGGAGAAGAGAAGGCCAUUGACUGGGAAAACAGCUUCCAGCGCGUCUUCGAUGUCGUCCAAGAGGAGGCUUCUGAGCGCGGUCUUCGAGUCUCCUUUAACGCCGAGGUUAGCUUGGAGCAAGAGCUCAAUAAAUCCACCAACACGGAUGCGAAGAUCGUGGUUAUCAGCUAUGUGAUCAUGUUCGUUUACGCCUCGCUGGCUCUGGGUUCUGUCACUGUCACUUGGAGGUCUCUCCUGACCAAUCCAGCCAAUGCUCUUGUCCAGUCGAAAUUCACCCUGGGCAUUGCAGGUAUUGCGAUUGUUCUCAUGUCCGUCUCGGCCUCGGUAGGAUUAUUUUCAGCUGCGGGCGUCAAGGUGACCUUGAUUAUCGCCGAAGUCAUUCCAUUCUUGGUCUUGGCCGUCGGCGUUGACAAUAUCUUUUUGAUUGUGCAUGAGUUUGAGCGGGUCAACCUCAGUCACCCGGACGAAGAAAUUGAUGAACGUGUCGCUCGUGCGGUUGCGAGAAUCGGACCUAGUAUUUUCCUGUCGGCGCUGACCGAGACUGUGGCUUUUGCUCUGGGAGCAUUUGUCGGCAUGCCUGCCGUCAAGAACUUUGCCGCAUACGCGGCAGGGGCUGUUUUCAUAAAUGCCAUCCUGCAAAUCACCAUGUUCAUCUCUGUUCUCGCUCUGAACCAAAAGCGAGUCCAGGCUCUUCGUGCCGAUUGUUUCCCAUGCUUCAGUGUUCGCAAAGCAACCUCCUUUGGAUUGUCCGAGGAGCAAAUCUACGAGGAUCAGGAGGCAGAAGGCGCCUUGCAGAGUUUCAUUCGUCGGGUCUAUGCACCUUUCCUGCUGGACCCCCGUGUGAAGGCAGUCGUUGUGAUUGUCUUUCUUGGUCUAUUAGCCGCUGGCCUGGCGUUCAUUCCCGAGGUUGCUCUUGGGUUAGAUCAGCGGAUUGCUCUCCCCAGCGACUCUUACCUCAUUCCAUAUUUCAACGACCUCGAUUCUUAUUUUGGCAAUGGACCUCCGGUGUAUUUCGUUACUCGUGAUGUCAAUGUCACCAACCGACAACACCAGCAGCAACUCUGCGGAAGAUUCACCACUUGUGAAGAGUACUCCUUGCCAUUUGUCCUGGAACAAGAGUCCAAACGCCCAGAGGUUUCAUAUAUUUCUGGGUCUGCUGCCAGCUGGCUCGAUGAUUUCUUUUACUGGUUGAACCCUCAACAAGCUUGCUGUAAAGAGAGUGGCAAGCUCUGCUUUGAGGACCGCGUCCCGCCAUGGAACAUUUCUCUAUAUGGAAUGCCAGAAGGGCCCGAAUUCAUCCACUACGCCGAAAAAUGGAUCAAUGCUCCCACCGACGCUUCUUGUCCGCUUGGAGGCAAAGCCCCGUAUAGUGAUGCCGUGGUGAUCGACGAGCAACACACCAAAAUCAACGCCAGCCAUUUUCGCGCCAGCCACACUCCUCUCCGGAAUCAAGACGACUUCAUCCAAGCGUAUAUAGCAGCCCGCCGGAUCGCCAAGGAUAUCUCGCAAGAACACGACAUUGAUGUCUUCCCGUACUCGAAAUUCUACAUCUUCUUCGACCAAUAUGUCUCUAUCGUCGGACUCACCGGGACUCUCUUGGGCUCUGCUGUUGCCAUUAUUUUCCUUCUGACCUCUGUCAUUCUGGGGUCGGUUGCCACCGGUGCUGUCAUUACUACCACGGUGGUCAUGAUUGUGGUUGAUAUCAUUGGGACCAUGGCCAUUGUCGGUGUGUCGUUGAACGCCGUGUCGCUGGUCAAUUUGGUGAUAUGUGUGGGCAUUGGCGUGGAAUUCUGUGCUCAUAUUGCCCGUGCAUUCAUGUUCCCGUCGCGCUCGGUCAUGGAGACAGUGCCUCCCAAAUUCCGUGGUAAGGACGCUCGCGCUUGGACGGCCCUGAUCAAUGUCGGCGGCAGCGUCUUCAGCGGUAUCACCGUGACGAAGUUGCUGGGCGUCUGUGUCCUUGCUUUCACCCGGAGCAAGAUCUUUGAGAUUUAUUAUUUCCGGGUCUGGUUGGCACUGGUCGUGUUCGCUGCGACUCAUGCCCUCAUCUUUCUUCCGGUGGCUCUCAGCUACUUUGGCGGCGGUGGUUACUUCGACCCUGCCUCGGAUGGCGGCCUGGAAGCAAACCUCGCCUCGCGUGGCUACCGUUCAUUGCUGGUGGAUGACGAUUACGACUCUGACGACUACUAG